AUUUGAUGAUAAACCAUAGAAAUUUUUGGUGUUAACCUUUACAACCAUUAGAUAAUCUCUUCAAUGUUUCGUUAUCAACCAUUGAAACAUUUACUGAUCUAUAUAACUCACAAUCAAAAAAUUACAACAAUCACAAAAAGACUAAAAAUGUAGAGAUUCAUUGUUAAACGAUUUUCAAAUAUCUUUGAAGAAACACAUAUAAACAUGAGAUCUUUAUUUGAUAUUUUUGUAUCUUAGUUUUGAAAAUUGGAUUGAGGAAUGAUACAAUUCUUGAGUAUUUAUAUUUCAAUACCACAUCGACUUUAAAACAAUAUUUAUUGAUCCAGCAAAAGUCAUCAUGAUUUCAAAAAGGUAAAUCAUAUAAUUUAUCAUUUAUUUUAUUUAAUGACUGUUAAUUUGAUUUAAUAAGUGUUGGUGUUAACAAAGAUGUUUCAAAGAUUCUAAAUAAGUUACCAAUCAAAUUAGUUGAAUAUAUUGUAAAUUAUUCUGAAUACAUAAAAUGAUAAUUCUAUUUUUAAAGAUAAUUAUGAUAUUUAAUAUAGUAUACAUGAAAAUAACAGUGACAAUGAAAUCAAAAACAAUGUCCUGAGUGAAAAUUUUGUUAGUUAAGAAAUUAUUUUUACUAUAAAAAUAUUGUCACUAAUAAAUUAUUCGAUAAUUAUUUUCAGUAAAAAUAUAUAUAAUAUAUGUAAUUAUCACUUUUUUUCAUUUUGAAUAUUUUUUUAUUGAUACAGUUUGUGGUUACUUUAUAUUUACUUAUAUUAUACAUUUCAAUGUUCUUGGAAAAUCUAUAGAUAUAUUUUUUCCUUAUUUUAGUUUACGCACGGUUUCUUCACCAGUUAUUUUAAUAAGAUUUUAAAUUUCCGGUUUUCUAUGUCUGAAGUUUAAACCGGAGACUUUUCCGGUUUGCCAUGUAAAUCUCAAAUAAUCUGAAGCAUUUUGGUCUGUGUGGCAAAGCAAAAAGGUCGAAAACGAAGUCCAUUUUCCCAUUCUACCAGCUUCUCUACUGAAGAAAGGUCACGGCAAUAUAGUAAACUUAUGGCAUAUGCAACAGGAGUGACCCUUGCUUCAAGGACUAUCUUCCCUUUUUGUUCCAGAACCUUGUUACCUCGCUUGCGUGUGGUUUCUAUGCUUGAAUCAUCCUCCCCCUCCACUUUCUUCAAAAGGGUCCAAGUUCAUCAGCUUUUCUCCACUUCUACAGCUCCUCUCUUCUCCUCUGUUAAGUGUUCUACUUCCUCUCUUGAGACAGCUGCUUCACGCCCAAAUGUAGUUACUAUACUCGAAGAAAGAGGACUCCUGGAGUCAAUAACAAGCGAGAAUCUCAGGUCUGCUUGUUCUGAUCCCAACGUAGCUCCUCUAAAAGUCUACUGCGGGUUUGAUCCAACUGCUGAGAGUUUACACUUGGGUAACCUCCUUGGUAUCAUUGUCCUUUCUUGGUUUCAAAGAUGUGGACACCAAGCCGUUGGUUUGAUCGGUGGUGCCACUGGACGCGUUGGUGACCCGUCUGGCAAAAGCCUAGAGAGACCUGAGCUUGACGCCCUUACAUUGGAGAAAAACAUAACCGGGAUUAAAAACAUCCUCGUCAAGAUUCUUGGUGGCAAUGCUAGCUCUUAUGUGAUUUUCAAUAACUAUGACUGGUGGAAAGAUAUGACGAUGCUAGACUUUCUGAAAAACGUUGGUCGGUUUGCUAGAGUUGGACCAAUGAUGGCGAAGGAGAGUGUGAAGAAGAGGCUAGAAUCAGAGCAAGGUAUGAGCUACACAGAGUUCAGUUAUCAGUUACUGCAAGGGUAUGACUUUGUUCACUUGUUGGACAAGGAAGGGGUUAAUGUUCAGAUAGGUGGUAGUGAUCAGUGGGGUAACAUCACAGCUGGAACUGACUUGAUCCGUAAGAUUCUCCAAACCGAAGAAGCUGCUUACGGGCUAACGUUCCCUCUCCUACUGAAAAACGAUGGGACAAAAUUUGGAAAGUCAGAAGAUGGAGCCAUCUGGCUAUCUCCUUCAAUGUUAUCGCCUUAUAAGUUCUAUCAGUACUUCUUCUCAGUUCCAGACGUUGAUGUGAUACGCUUCUUGAAGACUCUAACCUUUCUGAGUUUGGAUGAGAUCAAGACGUUGGAAGAUGAGAUGAGGAAGCCUGGGUAUGUCCCUAACACCGUGCAGAUGAAGCUCGCUGAAGAAGUAACCAGAUUUGUACAUGGUGAAGAGGGUUUGAAGGAAGCAAUGAAAGCAACAGAGGCUUUAAGACCAGGAGCUGAGACAAAGCUUGAUUGGAACUUGAUUGAGAGAAUUGCAGAGGAUAUACCGACUUGCUCACUGCCUGUUGAUAGAGUCGCUGGUGUUUCGAUUGUGGAUGUGUCUGUUUCUGCAGGGUUGUUUGAGAGCAAGUCUGCAGCUAGGAGGAUGUUGAAGCAAGGUGGAGUUUAUAUGAACAAUGAGAGAGUUGAUGAUGAGAAUAAGAGAGUUGAAGAGGGAGACAUUGUUGAAGGGAAAGGUCUUGUUCUCUCUUCAGGCAAGAAGAACAAAGUAGUCAUCAGAAUUUCCUAAUUUUUUUUAACAAAAAUGAUGUAUUAUUGAUUACGUUUUCACCAGUUUAUGGAUACAAAACCUUUGGGGUUUCAAACCAACAAAAAUAACAUUCAAAAGCUA